UUACAAUACAAAAAGUCACACUAACCAAUGUAUCGGCUGAUCCAGGAAAAUUGGAUUCCAUUCGUUCCAAGAUGGAGGAUCGAGUGGUUAAGUUGUCGCUUGCCAUCAGUAGAGAUUUGAGCAACCCCGAUGUUAAAAAGUCUCAAGUUCAAAAAUGU